GAAUCCCGGCAGACUCCUAGGAGGAGACACACCACUACACCCACAGAGCCUGUGGGCAGAGAGGAGAGCCACCAGCCCCUAGCGUCGCUGCCCUUCUCCACUCCGGCACCCGGAACCUUGCGCGCGCGGAACCUCGGUGGCGGAACACGGGCGUCACGGACCUUGAAGGCGAUGGAGCAGGCGUGCGGGCCGGGGGCCGAGGCUGACGCCCCAGAGGAGGGGGAGGGGGAGGCGCGGGCGGCCAUGGCGGCCGUGGUGUCUGCUGCGGGUGGAGCGUGCCCCGCAGUCCUGCAGGUGGCCGGCCUCUACCGGGGUCUGUGUGCAGUUCGCAGCCGCGCCCUGGGGUUGGGGCUCGUGUCACCAGCGCAGCUGCGCGUGUUCCCGGUACGCCGGGGCUCCGGCCUGCCCUCUGGGGGAGCAGACGGCAGCGGGGUCAGCGAGUUGGAAGCUAACCCCUUCUACGACCGCUACCGGGACAAGAUCCAGCAGCUGCGCAGGUCCGACCCAGCUGCCUUUGAGUCCCGCCUGGAGAAGCGCAGUGAGUUUCGGAAGCAACCAGUGGGGCACUCCAAACAAAGUGAGUUUAUCAGAUGUGUGGAGCAGAAGACAGAUGCCUCAGGGAAACAGCCUGUGAGCAAAGGAUUCACUAAGGACAAGACUCUCAGUUCAAUCUUUAACAUUGAGAUGGUGAAAGACAAAACUGCAGAGGAAAUAAAACAGAUUUGGCAGCAGUAUUUUUCAGCAAAAGACACGGUCUACGCAGUUAUUCCUAAAGAGAAGUUUGAUUUGAUCUGGAACCGGGCUCAAUCCUGCCCAACAUUCCUUUGUGCACUACCAAGAAGAGAUGGUUAUGAGUUCUUUGUAGGACAGUGGACGGGUACUGAACUCCACUUCACUGCUCUUAUAAAUAUUCAGACCCGAGGGGAUGCAGCAGCCAGCCAGCUGAUUUUAUAUCACUAUCCUGAACUUAAGGAAGAAAAGGGCAUAGUGCUGAUGACAGCUGAAAUGGAUUCCACAUUUCUGAAUGUUGCUGAGGCGCAGUGCAUCGCCAAUCAGGUUCAACUCUUCUAUGCCACUGAUCGGAAGGAGAUCUUUGGGCUAGUAGAAACCUUUAACUUCAGACCAAAUGAGUUCAAAUAUAUGUCUGUCAUCGCUGAAUUGGAGCAAAGUGGACUUGGAGCAGAACUGAAAUGUGCCCAGAACCAGGAUAAGACUUAGAGAUAUCUGGAUUGACCCUUCGCAGAGUUGACUCAGUCCUGGAUAGCCUAAAGUCCACCCAAACCCUUGACCUCCAGAGCUCAACGCAACACGCAGUCUGUAAAGAGUUACCAUGUAUGCUACUACAAGAAGAGAUUAUGGGCAUGAGCUCUAACACUUGAUAUUCAGAACGAAGGUAUACAAAUACUUUGAUUAAUUACCUCUCACUCUGACGGUUCCUCUUAUGUGUUUCUGGGCAUUUAAACAAGAAAUAUUCAGGGAUCUGCAAGACUAUUGACUGGUUUUUAUUCAGUGUAACAGUGAAGUUGCAUUCUGGCCAUUUUGACUUCAUAGCUCCCAGUUCUUUGUCUUUCUAAACCUGUAGCAAUAAGCUUGAGGAUCUUAAGAGAUGUCGGCUUUAUGCAUUCUUUCCAUGCACCAGUGAACUGGCUAAAAACAACCCAAGAAUCCUGGCCAGAUUCAACAUAACUUACUAUUCUCCUCAAAAUAAAGACUUCUAGCUGCCGCUCCAGAGUUGCCUUCUGUGUAACUCAGCGAUUGCAGGUACAAGUGCCUGCAAUAAUAAACAAAUACAAUGCCUGCACACUGUUAAACCGUCGCUUUUGGCCCUACUCCCUGAACUCUGCCUGUGAGAAGCUAAUGAAUCAGUUCAGUGUAAAUAAAACCUUUUUAGAAAAUCAUUCCAAAUUUGCAUGAUUUGAAAAGUUAUAUGAAAAUGUGGUAGAGCACAUGUUCCCAGACUGAGUGUGGAGAAAGUAGUAGAAAGUCUGGUUUUCAGUCUUUGCUCACAGGAUAGUGGAAACUCAGCUGUGUGCUGUUGGUGGCAUCAGCUGUGGGCUAAUUUUAUCAGAACUCUUCUUGGGGCUCAGUGAUUUUUUUUUUUUUUUUUUUUUUUUGGUUUUUCGAGACAGGGUUUCUCUGUGGUUUUGGAGCCUGUCCUGGAACUAGCUCUUGUAGACCAGGCUGGUCUCGAACUCACAAAGAUCCGCCUGCCUCUGCCUCCCAAGUGCUGGGAUUAAAGACAUGCGCCACCACCGCCCGGCUCAGUGAUUUCUUGAAAUGCCACAAAUAAGCAAGUUAUUCUCCACCAGAAGUACAUGUCUCUCUCUAGCUCCAGGUUCACUGGUGAAAAAGAAUGGUGGGUCCGUACCAGCCUUAUGAACUCAGCCUCAGGUGUCUCCCAGUGUAGCCGGUCCCUUUACCACACCUCAUCUUCUCUAAUGUGUUCCACUUUAAUUGACCUCAGUCUGAUGUUGUUAGAUGCCACCAAACACGGUGAAUAGAAAGUCAAGUAGUAGUUUCAGUUUAUGUCUGUAUAUUCUUCAUUACAGAUUUUUUUAUGGUAGGCUUCUCAAAGCUUUUUAAGUAGGUAUGGUGGUUUGAAUAAGAAUGGCUCCCAUAGGCUCAUAUAUUUGAAUGCUUAGUCACCAAGGAAGGAGUAGAACCAUUUGAAAGGAUUAGAAAGGUUAAGAGGUGUGGCUUUGGAGGAAGAGGGAGGGGCUUUGAGGUUAAAAGCCUGUGCCAGGCCCAGAGUGUGUCUCUCUCCCUCUUCCUCUCUCCCUCCCUCCCAGCAUGCAGGUCAGGAUGUAGCUCUCAGCUAUUUCUCCAGUAUCAUUCCUGCCUGCUACCAUGCUCUCUGCUGUGAUGAUAAUGGACUGAGCCUCUGAAGCUAUAAGCAAGCCCCAAUUAAAUGCUUUCUGUUAUGAAAUAUGCCUUGUCAUGGUGUCUCUUCACAACAGUAAAAUGUAACUAAGACAGUAGGGUUGGCCAUCCCAUUAUUUUCUGGAUGGAGAAACAGAUAGUGUUUCUUUAACCUGGAGGAGCUAUGCUGUGCUUUCAGUCUCUCUGAAGGUUGAGUGUUUUCUGAUGCAGCUUCUAGACCUGCCAUGGUCCCAAUAGUCCACAUUUUAAGAACUUGAAUGCUAUCAACUCUGCAGUUUUCCUUAAAUGCCUUCCACGCUUCUGGGUGAUAAAAGUCUGGAGACGCGGCCUUGGGUGGGGCUGCUUUUGUGGGUAUCCAGCUAUGUUUGUUUUUCUCUAGAUCGGCCCAGUUCUUAAUCAUAGAACAUUUUCAUGACACCACUACUAGCGGGUAAAAAAAAAAAAAAAUGAUGAUGAUGAUAAAAAAAGUAAAGAACUAGCUGUUCAUGUCAUAGCUCCUCCCAGCUUUACCCUCAACCCCAUCUUGCCAAAGAAGGAUGCCAUCUGACUGUUGUUAAUAUUUAUUUUACCAAAGAGAUCUAACAGAUAAAUGAAAACCGUAGCAGUUAGUCUGUAAAUGCAUUCCCUGAUUCCAGCAUACUGUUUCAAAGGUGGGCUUUGGAGCUCAUUGAAUUGGGUUCACAUAGCAGCGUUACUUUUCUUAGCUUGUUAAUGAUAAAUUACUUAAACUCUAAUUCUUACCUUUCUUCUGAACAUGGGGACAAUAUCUACCUCAUUGAAUUAUUUUGAGACUUCGGUAAGCUUCUAUAUAGACUACAAUAGAAUUCAGUACAUGCUGGAUCCCUUCUUCUUUAGUUCUUCAUUAAAGACCAACACAGGGGCUCGGAAUAGCUCAAUGGUGGAACUAUGUUUCUAGCAUGUAUCAGGCCCUGCGUUUGGUUCCCAGCACCAGACAGGAAGAAAGUUAAGUCAGCAUUUCAAAUGCAGAGAUCACAACAAAUUCUAUCUCACUGGUUCCCAACUUGAGAUACAGUGGAAUCACUUAAGAGCACUUAAAGAUGCAAUUCCUGGGUGCUGGCCGGCUGACUGAAGUAUGCAGAAAGCCCUGACAACCUACAUUUUAGUAUGUAUGUAUUCUAGGUAAUUCUGAUGUGGGUAAUUCGUGAGCUUUUGUGAGCCAUCGCCUUAUCUCUUAUGAAAAUGUCCACUAGGCGGUCUUUUCUCACCUACAGACAUUCACAAAGGAUUUAGAUUCCUCUGCUCGCUGUCUUUCUAGUAGUACUCUAGUUACAUUGCAUUAUAUUUAUUUUUGUGUGUUUACCCCACUAGACUGUGAGCUCCUUGAGGGCCAGGAUUUAUCUUUAUUCUCAUUGCCAAGGACAUGACAUGAACCACAAAAGAAACUCAACUGUUGAACAAAUAAAUGAUACAGAUUUUAGCCAUAAA